UCAGCCUGACUACAUUUUGGUUGUUCAGGUAGUCAGUGUGGGUUUUCCCCAGUUUGUUGCUUUCAGUUCCUUCUCUCCUCAGCCUUAAAAGUUGAAAACUCACUGAAGUCCGACCAUUGAUCUUUGUGAAGAGACUCGCAACUUGACCUGAAUUAAGUUUUGUGAAGAUGCCCGACGCGGAGAUCCAGAACCAGCCGCUCCUGGCGGGUACCAGCCAGCAGGCAGUCAAUGCUCAGGGCCGCCGCUCCUCCCGGGCCUACAAGGUGGCCGGUCUGACCCUGUUGGCCUGUGUCCUCAUCACGGGACAGGUGGUGACCACCUACUUCGUCCUCAGCCAGAGGAGCGACAUCCAAACCCUGAAGGAUCAGAACAGCGACCUGCAGUCCAAGAUGACCGCGUCGAGAUCUGCUGCUGCUCCCGUGCGCAUGUCCAUGAACGCCAUGAACGCCAUGAAAGUGCUGGAUGUGGUGGACGAGGAGGCGACUACCGAGGUCACGGAUAAAACUGUCCCCCGGCAGGCCACGGACUGCAUGCUGGAGGCCCUCGGCCAGAAGCCCCUGCCGGUGCCGGGCUUCCGUCCGGCCUGUGACGAGCGCGGCCUCUACCAGGCGCAGCAGUGCUUCGCGGGCCACUGCUGGUGCGUGAACCCGGCCGACGGGCAGCAGGUCGCCGGGCCGCCGGGAGGAGGAUGCGGGGCGUCCCUCCGCACCGCCCGCGUCGGCAAGCUGUUGACUCUGCCUGAUCUUGUCGGUGAGUUCACAUCCUCAAUGUAGGCAUCCGUGGAAAAAAAGAGCUGAGGAAAUCGCCUACGGCCACCGAGAGCAAUGACAUGUUGCAUGUUCAUCAACUUCUAUCGGCUUUCGUAUCCAUACGACUCGAUGAGCUUAUUGGGUUUUAUUUUCUGCUGAUAAAUAAACCAACAAUAACCAAUUCUCUUCUUGCCAUAUUAUUAGUCUAUUGCAACUCAUCUACCACCUGCACUUAAUGGACACAUGUGACUUUUGCUAUUGAUUACUUUUAUACAUCUGUCUGGUUCUUUUUAGAUAGCGGAUUAGAGUUAAUGAUUUUUUUAAAAACUUGGUUGAUGUUUUAAUACGAUUAUUAAAACAUCAACCAACAUUUUAGGCAAAAUUAGGAAACAAUUGUACUCCACUUUUCCCAUUUAUUUCAACCAAUAAAAACCUUACAGACCCGUACAA